AUGGUUAUGAUUGCUAUUGACAGAAUUCUUAGCAUGUUUUUCCCUAUUUGGUAUUCCGUUCGCGGAGAUUCCUUCCAUACUCCCCUAAUGUACGGCAUUUCAAGUCUGUUCCCUCUUGCUUUCAUCACAACCGUAAUUAUUACGACAGCUCAAGGCCCUACUCGUCCGAAUCUUUGCUAUCUGAGCGAUCUAAUCACAGCACAAGGAGAAACUAAUUUUCAUGCUGCCUGUUUGGUAUUUAAUUGGAUUACUUUAGCCUGCUAUAUUAUAAUGAUAGCAAAAGUGCUUUGGGACCGCAAGAAAGGGCUAAUUAAUGCUGGAAGAAUGGCCCUAUUCAAGUCAAUAGCUAUAAUUAUGGGAAUACAGAUCUUUGGUUGGAUGUUUUCAUUAACUGCUUAUAAUUUAGUGGAUAAUGGAGUUUUUAGUAAUUUUAGCAGCGAUACACAAACAUUAAUUAAUUUGGGAAUUAAUUGUGUUAGCUCUCUGAGUUCCACAUGUGAAGUACCUGCCCUCUUUCUAUCAAGUUCUGAACAUCGUAAAGCUUUAUUCAAAACUUUUGGUUAUGAGAAAAAGUCAACUUCAGUUAUGGUUGUGAAUCGAAAUAUAAUGGUCUCAACUCAAAUAAUGGCUAGUUCCCAAGUAGCACCAAUCCGUGUUGGAUAA